CAUCGGAUCCAUAUGUAUGAAGUGGCCAGAGAAAUUGUGAAGUUUUCCCAUGAUUUCAGCGAGAUUCCCACUAAACUCGUUUAACUUGCUACGGUGAAACUUCAAAGGAUCUGGAAAUAUAUUGAAAAAUAGUGGAAUAUUUUUUUCGUUUCCAGUUUUUAUUAGUUUUAUUAAUUUUGAGAUGGAUCGAGUCCAAGUUUCCUCUCGCUAGUGGCAAUUACUUUAUGCAGCCUUUCCAGCGCGUCGUUUUUAUGGACUCCUCGAUCGAUGAUGACUAUGAGUUCAAUGUCUGAUAGUCUGAUUGCUUCAGACCCGUCCAAAUCAGCCUUUUUAGAGUUUGGACACGGAAUCCCCGCACACCAGCAGCACUCCCCCGGACUGUCUCAUAACCACUACCCAGUUCAUGGCUUGCACGCCGGCGGACACGCGCAGCACGAAAGUCCCUUCUCUUCGAGCGCGUCCUCCUACGGUCGGUCGCUGGGGUACCCGUACCCGAGCACGGUGAGCACUCACCAUCCGAGUGCUUACCUGUCUUACCAGCACAAUAGCCACAGCAGCACUUUGGGGCACACGCGAAUAGAAGAUACAGAUCACGAGAAGCCAACCGUCAUUGAGAACGGCGAAAUUCGACUGAACGGCAAAGGCAAGAAGAUCCGUAAGCCCCGAACCAUUUACUCCAGUCUACAACUGCAAGCACUGAACCAGCGGUUUCAGCAAACCCAGUACUUGGCUUUGCCCGAGCGCGCAGAUUUGGCAGCUAAGCUGGGCCUGACUCAGACACAGGUUAAGAUAUGGUUCCAAAACAAGCGGUCCAAGUACAAGAAGAUCAUGAAGCACGGCUCGAAUGGACCAGAAGGAGAGCUGCUCCACACCACGAACCCCAUGUCGCCCUGCUCCCCUGGGCUGUGGGACGUGUCAAUGGCGAACAAAGGGGCGCCGACUCACGCCAGCAGCUACAUGAACAAUUUUGGACACUGGUACCCGACCCACCACCAAGACACAAUUCCCAGACCUCAGAUGAUGUGAUGGGUUUAUCUGAAUUGGCAAAGCUGCACAUGAAGAAUUCCAUCCUUUCAUUUCAUCACAUCUAAAUGCGCUCCCCCCCCCCCACUCCUUUUUACUUAAGAAUGGUUUUUAAAAGAUAUGUAUAUAAAUUUUAAUCUUUUUUUGUCUUUUAUAGUUGGAAGUGUGUCAUGCCUUUAAAGGGACAUGUCCCUAAGAGACUUCAUCUGGUGUUUGAAUGCCUGUGUUUUGUUGCUGUUUGUAUGAAAUGUAUAGUCAUUUUUUUUUGUCCUUAAAAUGCCAUGCAGAAAUUAAAUGACGUAAUUAGGUAGAAAGACGGGACUUGGAAGCCCUGGUAUAUGUUUACCUGCGUGGGAUGGGAUGAUUUCGACCCUAGGGGGGGCUGAUCUUUUUUUCCGUAGAUCAGCGGAAAACUGGAUCGUCCUUACCAUGUGAUAUUCUAAAAAAUAACCAUGAUAACCAAUCUGAUAAUAAAAAUACAUUUAUAACUUUAAA